AUGAAUAAAAGUAAAUAUGAAGAACAAAAUGCUGAAAAAAGAGCAAAUCUCGAGAAAUUACGUCAAUUUCGUGAUUUGAUGGAUGAAAUGGGAACAAAAUUAAAUUCAAUGGCUGAUCAAAUGGAUCAAAUGAAAUCAGGAACAGAAAGUGUUGCUGAUAUGUUGGCUACUUGGAAAAGUGUUGCUCAAUGUAUAUCACUUGGUUCUUUGGGAUUGUUGAAAUAUACUGAGAAUAGUCUGGAUUUGUAUCCUGAACCUUUAUUAAGACUUCGAUUGGAAGGGGAUGAGAAAGAAGUGGAACAAGAAGAAGUUGAAGAAGAGAAUGAUUAG